GUGUGUGUCUGCACAGAGCCAUCCCAUUUAUGCCGGUGACUGUAAGAGUGGCAGAGCAGACAGAGGCGGACAGUUGAAUGAGAGAUAGAGCCGGAGACCUUUGUGUGUUUUCAGUUCCUCGGAUCCUUUAAAAGUAAUCAGCAACACAACACGUGUUAAAGACAACUUAUCUCCUUUUGCCCUCACUCCACCAGGAUUGUGCUUUAUGCCGUGAUGUUUUCAUCUGCAUUCAUCACCUGUUGAAGCCGCAGAGAAUGCCGCUCAGGUUCUGUAUCUGCAGCAAGAGCCUGUCCUGAAUGUGUUCGACAGCCAACUAUGUUCUCCCACUGAGGAGAACCUGUGAGACCCAAGCUGCUCCAGGGAGGGCGUGUGGAGCUCCCACGCCUCAUGGAGCCAGGACUCAUGGACCUCAGGACGCAGAGAUGGAUGCAGCUUGGCAGGAACUGAUGGCCAUCUCAGAGCUGCAGGAGUUCGAAGUCCCUGCUGAAGGCCCCUAUGAAACAACACAGUACCAAACCAUGGAGCCCAUGGUCCCAAUGGGAGUGUACGGGAUGGCCCCAUCUCACUCAGGGCGUCCCCCCACCUGUGAGCUCGGCUCUGCUGACACUUACAAUAGAUGUUACCCUGAAGACGUGCCCCCGUGCCAUCAUCAAGGCAGCAACACAGGGGCAGUGUACGGACCAUCUGACUAUCAGCUCAAUCAAAGAAUGCACCCCAUCUCCUCUCAAGCACUGCCCUCGCUCAUGGCUCUUAGGGGUCAGGUGAACGUGUCAUUUGAUGGCCAAGGGCACAGGAGAGCCAACACUUGUUUCUCUCAGGGUCCCAGUCGGCACAUGCAGUGGACUAUACACGGACAAUGUUCACACGUUAUUCCAACUGAUGAUCUGGAGUCAGACUCCGGUCUGUCUCUGGGUUCCAGUCCACCUCUGGCCUCCCCUGAUAAUCCUGUCAGUGCUGUUCCAGGUUACCAGAGUGGAGACACAGGCAUUACAUACAGAGAUGGUGAACCUGAGCAUGCCAGAAGAGCACAACUCCAUUACUCAGUCAACUACCAGGGACAGUCAUAUUUACACUCUGGUGCACAUCACUCAAAUUUCUCAGCCCCGAACACUUUAUCUCACACACAACCUGAGACAACGACUCUGCGACCGUUAAAGCACCAGAGCCAGGCUGCUGCUCUGAACGACAUGUACACUGAGUCUGGAGCCUCCAGCAGAGGGAGCUCACAAUUUCACAUGUACACAAAACCACAAGGAAGCAGCUCCACUCAUGCACCACUGAGCAGAGAUGAGCGGCGGGCACUGUCUCUGAAGAUUCCGUUCCCCAUGGAAAAGAUCAUCAAUCUCCCUGUAGACGACUUCAAUGAGCUCCUGACACAGUUCACUUUGACAGAUAAACAAAUGGCCCUGGUCAGGGACAUCAGGAGGCGGGGGAAGAACAAGGUGGCGGCACAGAACUGCAGGAAGAGGAAGCUUGAGAGCAUAAUUCACCUUGAACAAGAGCUGAACGAGCUGCAGGACCAGAAGGAGCACCUGGCCCAGGAGAGACUGGAGUUCCAGCACAGCCUGACCUUCAUUAAAUGCCGCCUCACAGAUCUCUAUGCAGAAGUAUUCACUCACUUGCGAGACGAAGACGGACAACCAUACUCAAUAGAUGAAUACUCCCUGCAACAGACACCUGAUGGUAAAAUUUACCUGGUACCUCACACUACUGUGCCAAAGAGAGGGCAGCGCUGAGGAACUGGAUCUAGAGUUUCAUUACUUGUGCCUGAAUGUGCCAACUGAAACCACUUCAGCCAACUGGAAGUUGUACAUAAUUCAUGCAAAUGUUGUCUAAGUCCUUAAAUGUAUAAAUUUCAAAGAUGCAUCACAGGACUCUUCAUAUUAAAAAAAGACUGAAACCAAACAACUUUUCUUUAAAAAUAAUUUAUUUAAAAAAUAAAAGACACUGCACAGCAGUUAAAAAUAGUCUCCAAAAAUCUUCAGCACCAGCUGGAUUGUUCAAGAAAACCUGUGGAGGAAAAAACAAAACAAAUUAACAGAUCAGGUUUUAUUCUGGCAAAAGGAGAAACUGAAAGUGUUGUGCCGUUUGUUUUUGUACCUUAUUGAGCCAAAGUCAUUGAAAAAUAAUUCAGGACCUGUGGACGAUGUGUGGGGGUUCACCUAGAAAGCGGAAACACCAAAUAAGUAAAAUGCAUUCUUUCCAAAAAAUGUUUAUAUUAUUAGCAUGCAAUUUGUUGUAGGACCUCAGUGCAAAAUUAAAGAGGCCAAUGUUACCAUUCAGGGGUGUAUGUCAUAUAAAAGUUUGCACAAAUGUUAA